CUAAUAUGAUCAGAGAGUCCAACCCUGAAUUUGAGAUAUUAGGAAUGAGUGCUGUAAAAUUCACCACUAAUGAUCCCCACCAGGUUAGUAUGAAGAACCUUCAGACACUGGAGAAUGCCCAGGAAUAUCCACAGCCUGAUAAAUCAUUUAAUCAGUCUUAUGUUGGCGGUCAGUCGAGAAAGUCCAUCGUGAAUAGUAGCUAUAACCAUGGACAUGAUGAAGGUGUUUCCAGUGAUGUGGAUAACAACUAUGUCAAAUCUUUUAAUAUGAUUGAUAUUAACCAAUCUGCUGACUUUAAUGAAAAUGAUGCUUUCACAUCAGGAAGCCAAGCUUGGAAACAAAGCUCUAUGUUUGGACAGAAAUAUCCCUUUAGCACCAGGAACAAAAUUCAUAAUAUUUCAAGGAUUUCUAAGAAGAAUCUGUUUAAUCCUUGUACAACUAUUAGUCUGGAUCAGAGCUUUAAACAAAGGGAUGAUAUGAUUCAAAAAAUUAAGGAAGAGAAUAAGAAAAAUACUCCAAACCUGAUCGAUCCAGCUCCUGUGAGAAGAAAUGCAGGGAAAAUUCCAAAGCUUCAGACUCAGAAGCCUCAUCAUAACUCUCGAGCUGUACUAUCGAGGUAUCUGCACAGUAUGAGCUCAGCUGAGUAUUUCCCAAAGGAGAAGAGCUUAAGGAUGGAUUGUGAUUUAUCACCUCAAAAUAAACUUCCUCAGAUAAAAGCAGUCUUGAACCAGGGUCCCAAGAAGGUCCCUAAUAGAGCACAGAGUAAUAAGACCAACAAAUCAAUCUGGAGCUGCUAUAGAGAGUCUCCUGGAUCUCCAGGAGGAGCCUUCUCUACGGAAGCUUAUGACAAAGAAGCUGUUGGAAGUAAUAACCUAUACUUUCUCAAAAAGAAAGCGAUCAAUGAUAGAUCAGGUGCUAAUAUUUAUCUAAAAGAAGGUGAAGGCAUCCCUACGAAGAUCAAAAAGGCUACAAUGCCCUUGAUCAAGAGUCUUGAGGCAGCUAAGGAAGAUUCCAAAGUAAAGAAGCCCGACGAGGCAUCUGUACCUAGGAAGAAGAAACCUGCGCCUAAAAUACUUGGAAUUAAGAGGUAUUCUAAGGCUGAGCUCAAACAGAAGAGAAAAUAAAGCUGCAAAGAAGAGGUGCCAGACUAUUAAUCGACUCCAAGUGCCUAAAUUUGAUGAAGCAGAUAUUGAAAGAAAGCAUAACAAUGGCUACAAGAUUGACUUUGAACACUGGUACAGAGUCAUGGGCCUCACUGACAGCAAGAUCAGUCUGAAGGAAAAGAGAAAAAGAGAGUUCCUCAAGUUCUUAAGUGGUCUAAAUGAGAUUGAAACUCAACUCUACUGGCAAGAGAAGGCCAAGGAAAUAGAAAAAACAUAUAGCUUUCAAAACAUGGAGAAGAUCGCUAAUGAGAAGUGGAGAAAGGUUAAACCAACUUGGAGAAACACAGGUGUUGCUGAUAAAGUCCUCUUCUUUGCUAUGGUUGACCAAGAACAGCAGAAUUCCAAAUAA